GGUGCGCACUAGUGCAAGCAACCGAUCUUACCGAACCGAAGUCGCUGUAACAAAAGUGCAGGGAAGCGCAACCAAAACAAACGGACCUCGCGGCUCCGUAGUUAUCUGUGUUAUCACCGACAGCAGCCGAUGAGCUCGAGAACUUGGAUAUGGAGAAACAUAUCGGGCGCUCCAGGCCGACACAACGAUGUAAUUUACACGCAGCCGAAAUUGCAGCCAAUCUCACGCGAUCUUCUUAUAUUUUUUGGCGGCGAUGUCCAAGACAUUCAGGAAAACAUGGAAAAGCAUUCGGACAGUAAGAAAUAUGUGAAAUGGAGUUUGGAGAACACGGCGACUAUACUCUCCAAACAGUUUCCUGGAAGUCACAUAUUUGUCGUCCGUCCAUCCAGAAUGACAACAAUGAGAAACGCAGUAUUCAGUUGUUUCGACAACUUCGUGCCAGGAGAUAAAUACGGCACACCCGUAUUUUGUCCGAUGCACGAAGCUCUAGAACAUUUAAGGGGCCUCGUUCUUGGUUGCCUGGAACAUCUUAAAACAUUAAAAAUAGGAGAGGAUAUUGAUAGCCAAAGUAUCGAAACUACAAACUUAAGUCUGAUGGGUUUCAGUAAGGGAUGUGCGGUUUUGAAUCAGUUUCUUUACGAGUUUCAUUAUUACGAUAAUAACUCGAGUGACAAUUCUAAUAACUUAAUAAGUAACUUCAUCAAACUUAUAAAAAAUAUGUGGUGGCUGGAUGGCGGACACAAUGGUUCCAAGAAUACAUGGAUUACAGAUCGAGGUAUACUUGGUUCCUUUGCCAAAUUAGGGGUAAAUGUUCACAUACAUGUUACACCCUAUCAAAUGCAGGACAAACACCGGCCGUGGAUUCAGAUGGAAGAAAACAGCUUCAACGAUACCUUACGAAAGAUGGGAGUAUCUGUGCAACGAACUUUACACUUUGGUGACAAAGAACGAAGUCUCUCGUCGCAUUUCAAUGUUCUUACAGAUAUCAGAAGUAACGUGCAGUAAAACCAUAGUAUAACUAGUAGGUCCACUCUCUGCCGGCCCCUUUGGUCUUUACGAUCCCGAUCACAUGGUAUUCCGCCAUACAACCCGGCAGGAUCCAGCGAUGUGUGUGUGUGUAUACGUACUCAUCAAAGCCACACUACACACACAACUUUUCUCUCAUUGCUCUGCCC